UCAUGCCCUGUGGCAGAGCACCGCCUGCCUCCCGUCGUGGCCUGGGGCGGGCGGACUCGCCCUUCCCAUGAUGCCCCGCGCUCCAUGGUAACGGCGCCGUUGCUAAGGGCGGCCGCCAUGGCGGCGGCGUUGAUGCUUGGGACUUUCCUUCUCCUCCUCCUCCUGCCGCCACUCCGGGCAGAGGAGCCGAGCGAGGAGCCCAGCGAGGAGCCCGCAGACACGCUACCGGAGACACGGGCGCGACCCCGCAGCAGGCCGGCCCCCGUCACGGACGUUGCCAGGCUGUGUGUUUGUGAUCUGCUGGUGGCAGAGUGUGAUACCAAUUGCUGCUGUGACCCUGACUGCGCUACAGCAGAUUUCAGUCUCUUUACUACGUGUUCAGUUCCUAUUGUCACAGGUGAUGGCCAUCUCUGUAGCCAGAAAGCUGCUGUAUAUGCACUUGAUGUUGAUGCAAAUCCACCAGAAAGGAUAUUUGAAUUAAUUGACCAAGUCAAUCCCAGUGUUUUCUGCAUUCAUUCUACAAAUUAUAAACAAGCCCUCUCCUUCAGUUUCCCUGAAAUGCCUACGUCUGAAAAUUUUGAUGAAUUGCUUAAACGGUUUGGGAGUGCUGCUUUUCGUGCUGAGCCUGACGACUGGAAUAUGGAUACACAUCCUUCUGAUGCAAAUGAAACUUAUAGAUACGAGUACGGCGUGCCUGUACAGACAGCGGAUGCAUUUCUAAGACUACCUAGCCCUGUUGUCUCCUCUUGGUGCUCUGAUGCGAAUCCUGCAGGGUUUUUAGUAAACCAGGCUACAAAAUGUACCAGGUUGGUAAGUGUGGAAAAAUGUGUCAACAUUGAAGCAGUCAGCAUGCUGUUCUAUGUCAACUCCAGCAUUUUAGCAGUGCCCAAAUCAAGUCAGAUGGUUAAUAUUACUGUCCAGUCUGUAGUUGUCCAGUCUCAGAAUGGAACGCGGACUUUACUUAAUGGUAGUGAUGUCCUCAGGCUCCCUGUGAUUUUGGAUGAACUAUGCAUAAAUAUAGUUCUUGGGGUGAGUUAUCACAUUACAUACACAGACGCAGGAGAAAUAAUAGAAGCAGCUGCUUCUUUUGUCCUGGGGGCAAUUAACAAAGAAGCAUUUUCAAUACAGCAGAGCUUUGAAAUCAGCUUUACUCAGGUAAAUACACAGCCAGUUCCUCUCAGUGGUAAUCCUGGUUAUGUUGUUGGACUGCCUAUAAGAGCAGGCUUCCGGCCACAAGGAUCUGGCAUCAUUCAGAACACUAACAAAUACAAUCAGCUUACUAUUCUGCAAAGUACAUCCAGUCAGGACUGUCUGGCAGCACAGGGAGCCAGAAUGCCAGUAUUGUUUGGUUAUAACAUGAUAUCAGGCUGUACGUUACGAAUUACAGCUGCUAUGCAGUGCCAGCCUUUGACUCGGACCCUGCUAGAUUUACUGAAGGGACAAAACUUUCCUGAAUAUGUGGCCUCAUUUGGAAAUUCUCAAGCCCAGGACGUGCUCGACUGGGUGCCGAUAAUUCACCUCCACAUCUCAGAACAGUCAGACAAUGACAGAAUUUCUAAUGCUUUGCAGAGCUCAUGCCAAAUACCAGUAUCACUUGAAAUAGAAGUGAAGUGGACUAAAUAUGGAUCCCUAGUCAAUCCACAAGCCAGAAUAGUGAAUGUAACAGCAACAAUCGCUACCAUCACAUUGAAGCAGCUUCCCUCAGGAAGGGAAAGGACUAUUCCUGUAACAAGUUCAGUUGUUUUCACUGAUAUUUCUUCACCUGCAGAGCCAGGCUAUAAAGCUUGGCCCACCAUUAAUGCCAAGUUACCCUUUGAUUUUUUCUUUCCAUUCGUCUGAGGUAAGU